AUGCGGUCUGUUGUUCACUUGGCGCGACGGAUGAUCAAAGGGAGCUCGUAUGCGCCCCCGCGUUCUGCGAUGCCCCGUUGCCCCUGGAUACAGGCUGCACCGCCUAGCGCACCGACGACGUCCUGCUGCUGCCCUUCCUCACUCGCAUCUCGCGUCGCCCACCUCGUCGACUUGUUCAGUACAAAAAGUAUGGAAAGCGGAGCGGCAGCGUGUUCUCCAAACCAUAGUCGGAAGUCGUUGCACUCGAGUUGCGAGGCGGUCGGGCUUGAGGUGCACAUGUGGCGGAAGCGAAGGGGUUGCUCCGAGUGCGUUUAUCUCAAUCCGGCUUCCACGAGCGGAAAGAAAGCGCACUUCUUCCAAAUGCUGCUGCUGCCUUUCAUCCCCAUUGCGGCACUCAUUGUGCAAAAUUGCUUUUCCAUCGCGUCAAUCAUGGAAACGCUGCAUGAAGCCUGCGCCAUUCAGCAACAGAUUGCCGAGACUGUGGAUUCCUGCAGGUUGCUCACCGAGAUUCAAGAGAAUAGGACCAUAUCGGUGCUUGAUUCGCUCAGAGAUGGAAUCGAGUUUCAAAGCGUAGAGAGUGAAAUAGCGAACGCGUCAGCCACCAUUUCGAGUAUGGUGGAGGCAAUCGAAGACAAAAUCAGGGACACAACCACCAGCUCAAUUUGGAGAUAUCUCGUAGCGUACAAGAACAUGUUACGCGCCAUUGAGGACCGGUGCAUCGCCACGAUCUAUGGCCUCUUCUUCUUGGCCACCGGAAAAAUGUCCAUCUCGUCGUUGGCGAGUCUCAAGCGGCACGACACGCUGGCCAGCGACUACCUCAGGGCGGCCUACCAUUUUUCCACGCGACCCACCCCCCUGCCAAUCGUGCCGGACGAGAUCAAUGAGAUCGUGGGCAGCGAUAUCGAGAGCCAGCAAUACAAGGCAAACUUUAGUGCUGCGCAGGAAUUCUACAUCCGCGCCACGCGUUACCAUAAAGAGCUGCGGAAUUUCCAGAACACCAUAAGGGACAUCAUUAAUACACAAGUGCAAAAAGACAUCAGAUCUGCGAGUCACCAAAAGUGGGUUGCUGUGACACUUUUGCUAAUCGUUUUAAUCAUAUCGCCCGUGAUCAUCAUCUUGGUGAUUAACGCCACCAACACCAUUCAGGCCUUCGCCAGCACCCUGGUGCAGCGCACCGUCCAACUGCAGCGGGAGAAGCACAAGGGCGACACCCUACUCCAUCAAAUGCUGCCCAAACAGGUCGUAAAGCAUUUGAAACAGCACAGACAGGUUCCUGCCGAGAGUUUCGAGGCGGUGACCAUUUAUUUCAGCGAUAUCGUGGGCUUCACGCAGAUCUCGGCCGAGAGUUCGCCGAUGGAGGUGGUGGCAAUGCUCAACGCACUUUACCGCCUCUUCGACAGCCGCAUUGAGAAGUAUGAUGUUUACAAAGUGGAAACGAUUGGCGACGCUUACAUGGUCGUAUCAGGCUUGCCGCAGAGGAACGGUGGGAGACACGCCGGCGAGAUCGCGACCAUGAGUCUGGACUUGCUAGGCGCCCUCAAUCGAUUCGCCAUUCCGCACCGUCCGGCGCAGUUCUUCAGCGUCCGCAUCGGCAUCAACACGGGUCCGGUGGUGGCCGGCGUCGUCGGCACCAAGAUGCCGCGCUACUGCCUCUUUGGCGACACCGUCAACACGGCCAGCCGCAUGGAGUCCACCGGCGACCCCAUGAAAAUUCAGAUCUCGCAGUCAACCAAAGACGCUUUAGACGCGCUCAGUGGGUACGAGAUGGAGUACAGGGGACAGAUCUCUGUCAAGGGCAAGGGCGAGCAGAGCACAUACUGGUUGCACGGCCGCGUGGAUGGACUGCCGCGUCCUGAAAUGGACGAGCCGCCCAUCAUUCUGGCGCCCAUCGAGCAACUGCCCGAGUUCCUAGAACUGCUGCUGCCCCUUGACGACGACCUCGGCGUCGGGAUCGUCCGAACCUCCAAACAGUCUAACGCCAGUUCCACUAUUAAAAUCUAA